GAUAGAUACCAACUAGAAGAGAUGCAACUACGUGCUUCACUCUGUUUAACCGACCCCAACGCAGAUGACACUUCUCCAAAACUCCAACUUCUUCGGAUGCCGUGAUUUUAUCUUUACCCAAACUAUCUGUGCCUGUGAAAUCUAUUAUCCCUCUAAAUAUGAACUUAUAAAUUAUUUCCCCCAAAAUAUCUUAGCCAUAUUUCAAAUCUACAAAUGUCUCCUCCUCCUGCUGAAACGUAAUGGCUGUGCAUCUGGUAUACUUUCAAAUCUGCAAACAUCUAUUCCCAAAUGCAAGAACAAAACCAAGAUAAGGGUUAUAAUCUACUUCACUGUGUUGACAAGAUCCAUCCAUAUUUUGGUAGGGCAAUCCACAAGGUGCAUUAGCAAACCGGUAUAUAUGAAGACAUGGCAUGUGUUGGUUUCUCUUUGCGUGUUUGUAGAACAUCAAAAUCUAAGACCUAAAAGUUUAAGUAUAAUGUCCAAUGGUGUUCUUUACUUUUGUUGAAUAACCUAUUUCUCUGAUACAACACUCCACCAAUUUUUAGCUCAAAAGUUGAGGUAAUUAGAGAAAAAUGAGGAUUUUUCAGUGUGGUUUGACCAUCUUCAAUAUGCCUAUGAUUUGCAAACUGGUGUAUUUGAAGCCAUGGUGUGUGUUGGUUUCUCAUUCCAUGCCUGUUGAAUAGAAAAA